AUGUCAAGUUCAUUGAAUACUACCCCAGAGGUUUUGUUGCGUAAGAGAAGAAACGCAGACCGUAUUCGUUUGGACAAACAGGAAAAAGCACAGGAAAGGAAAGAAUUGGAAAAAAAGCGGAAAAGAGCUUCCAAAAACAAGUUUGUGAGAGCAGAGACGAUUGUUGCGGCUAGUUUGGCAUCUGAGCGUGAACGUGAACGUGAGAAGCGUGCUUCUAAGCUUGCCGUAAAGCGUGCACGUGGAGAAACAACGCAUGUUCCAACGCAGAGGGAUUUUAUGCUGCGUGUGGAUGAUGCUGGACCAGCUGAUGAUGGGGACGAAGCUUUAAACUCAACUAAGGUCUCGUACAAUGGAGAACCCAAACUUCUUUUCGUUGUUCGUGUACGCGGACCCACUGCGGCACGUAUACCGCACAAAGCUGCUCGUGUGCUGAGUUUGCUAAGAUUGAAACAGUUGGACACAGGUGUUUUCGUGCAACUUACAUCGUCCGUGUUUGCUUUGUUGCGUUUGGUAGCUCCUUACGUGGUAGUAGGACAACCAUCUCCUGCGACGGUGCGUGCUUUGGUCCAGAAAAGAGGUCGUGUACAGGACGGCGAAACCACGGUUCCGCUGAACGACAACAAUUUCGUCGAGGCCAAGCUGGGCGACGAAGGCAUAAUCUGCGUCGAAGACAUUGUCCACGAGAUCACUUCGCUUGGUGACCAAUUCGCGAAAUGUGUGUUUUUCUUGCAACCUAUUGCAUUAAGCAGAGAAGUUUCGGGAUUCAGUGCUUUGAGUAAACUGCAACGCUUGAGACAGCGGGAAUGGCGUCAACGUGUAGGACCUGUGUCCAAUGCUGCAGGUGCACCACUUGUUGAGAUCGAUAUUGACUCUCUGGUGUCCCGUUUGAACUGA